ACGGGCGCUACCUCUCCCUCCCCCUGCCAGUUCGUCGGACACUCGGGACGCUAGCACCGCACAGUACAGUACGCUGCCGUAUAAAGAAAAACAUCUGUUGGGAUUAUUUGGCUUUUAAGAAAAAGCGCUGGGACCAUGUUGAGUAUUCUGAGGAGCUCGGAGGCGCUGCCAGGUCCUCGGUGACUGUAGUCACUGGUCUGCCCCCUACACAUCUUCCUGCUUUAAACUUUGAAGGUGAGGAGUGUGAACUGCUCUCCAGCCAAACCCACCCCUCCCAGUCCCGCCUGCCACUUCCAGAGCCCUCUCCAGACACACACUUGGUAGCUGCCAACAACACAGACGGCAAUUGAGACAAGGACACCUCAGGAAGUUUAAAGAAGUAUCAGCCAAAGGACAUCAUUUAAGAGGGAUUAUACCACUUCACAGGACCUAAACAUGGGGAACCAGCUAACAGAAAUUGCCCCAAACACCCCAUUCCUCCCUAGCUUCCAGUCUUUGCACGUAGUUGUGAUCGGUUUGGACUCCGCAGGGAAAACCGCCCUCCUCUACAGACUCAAGCUGCGGGAGUUUGUUGAGACAAUCCCCACUAAAGGCUUCAACAUGGAGCGGAUUAAAGUGCCUAUGGGGAACUCCAAAACCAACACCACCACGUUCCAGGUGUGGGACGUUGGCGGUCAAGAGAAGCUGAGGCCCCUUUGGAAGUCGUACACCAGGAGGACGGAUGGCCUGGUGUUCGUGGUGGAUGCUGCCGAGACAGAGCGCAUGGAGGAGGCCAAGGUGGAACUUAAUCGGAUCACCCGGUCAGCAGAAAACCAAGGGGUGCCCGUGCUGGUUCUGGCAAACAAACAGGAUCUGGAUGGAGCCAUGUCAUCUUCAGAGGUGGAGAAGGUGCUGGCUCUGCAUGAGAUGAGCUCAUCCACACUUCACCACACACAGGGCUGCUCGGCGCUGGAUGGUCAGGGCCUGCAGCCCGGCCUGGAGAAGCUCUACGAGAUGAUCCUGAAGAGGAAGAAGAUGCUCCGACACAGCAAAAAGAAGAGAUGAGGAGGACUGCAGUGCUGCAGAAGAUAGAGGAGACUUUUUGAACCACUACUUGUAGAGGGCCCUCUCAGCAGACUUGUCUUUGACACUUAGAGAAUUUCAGUGGGUGAAACCAGAGAAAAGCCUGACAGACAAGUUGGGGUGUCGGCAACCAAGUUCAGACUGUGGCUGUGAAGUCUGUGCCAAAUGAUACCACCUUUCUUUUCAGACAUGAUGGCACACCUGCUUCCUUGGGAACCAUUUCUGCCCUUGAGCACUCAUUCUUCUCCUCAUCUCCCGCCCGCAAAGGAGCAGAGACGUACAUCAUACAUGUCCAGAGGGAACGACAGAGGGAAACCUGUGCAAUACACGAUGAACGCUCACAGAUGCAAUCACUCCAAUAUUGAAGGAUAUUUGUACCACUACUUGUAUAAACUGUAGUGCCAACAGAAACCUGCAGGCCUGGCCCAAGCAUUGUUGCUGUUCUUUUCACUAAGUUACAAUGUCACACUUUUCUCUAAAUUGUUACGUUGCAUGAUGUUAACCCAAAUACCUGCUUGAGAAUGUGAAGACAACACUUUUGUUGAUCAAAAGAAGAUUAUUAUGAAUAUUCUAGUUUAGUAACUGCCCAGUGUGAAGAUGUGCCACUGAUAGGAUAUUUACAGACUUACACACUGAGGCUGCUGAGUCCAGUCAUGCAAGUUUAGAUUGUUUUUCACUCUCACCAACGUUGUUUGCUUGUCUCAGUUCGGUAUAUUUCAGGGUUGGCUAAAAGGUCGGUUGGAUAUUAAGUUCAAACAAGAAGUUGUUUUUACACUGUGUAUAUCUUUUUGUAGAAUGUCAACAUAUGAAUAAAUUAUUGAGAAACUUAA